AUGAGUAGCGGUUUGAAAACCUUUCAAAUUAACAAUGGAGCUUUUUAAAACGUUAAUCUUGGUCCUGUGGAUUUUACUGGUGAAAAUAAGGCAAGAUUGCACGGCCGAGGAAGUUCUGUUGCUGGAUUCCAAAGAGUCACAAGCUGAGUUGAGUUGGACCGCACUCCCGUCUAACGGAUGGGAAGAGAUCAGCGGAGUAGAUGAGAACUACAAGCCCAUUCGAACAUAUCAGGUCUGCAAUGUAAUGGAGCCCAACCAAAACAACUGGCUGCAGACCAGCUGGAUCUCACGUCGCUAUGGCCAGAGAAUCUUUAUUGAGCUCAAGUUUACACUGAGGGAUUGUAACAGCAUUCCCGGAGUCGUGGGAACAUGCAAGGAGACUUUUAAUCUUCAUUACAUCGAAUCAGACACUGACCUGGGCCGGAACAUCAAAGAAGGAAAGUACAUCAAAAUCGAUACGAUAGCUGCCGACGAGAGCUUUACUCAAGGAGAUCUGGGGGAGCGCAAAAUGAAGCUCAACACGGAAGUAAGGGAAAUCGGACUUCUGAACAGGAAAGGGUUUCAUCUCGGGUUUCAGGACGUUGGGGCCUGUGUGGCCCUAGUUUCUGUGAGGGUUUAUUUCAAAAAGUGUCUUUCCACCGUGCAGAAUUUGGCACUCUUUCCCGACACCAUUGCAGAGGCGGCUUUUUCGACCUUGGUGGAGGUCAGAGGGACGUGUGUGAACAACUCUGAGCUGGACAUGGAUAGCCCUCCCAGAAUGCACUGCAGUGCUGAGGGCGAGUGGCUUGUUCCCAUUGGAAAGUGUACUUGUAGUGCAGGAUACGAGGAAGGACAGAGCAGCUGUGAAGCUUGUCCAGCUGACUUCUACAAAAUGUCCCCUCGGCAGCAAGAGUGUUUCCCGUGUCCUGAGCACAGCUAUACACAGGAGGAGGGGUCCACCCUGUGCCAUUGUGAGGAAUCAUACUACAGAACCCCUGAGGAAUCCCCAUCAUCAGCCUGCACCAGGCCUCCUUCUGCUCCCAUUAACCCUGUAUACAGCAUGAAGCAGUCGACUGUCAUUAUAGAGUGGGAUCCCCCUGAGGACUCGGGGGGCAGAGGGGACGUCUCAUACAGUGUUGUGUGCAGCAGGUGCACUGGCCCUUCAGGGCAGUGUGAACCCUGUGGCACCAGCGUUGGCUUUGUGCCGCAGCAGACAGGAUUGGUUGACAGGACCGUUACCGUUGUGAACCUGUUACCACACACGAACUACACAUUCCAAGUGGAGUCCCUGAAUGGAGUAUCAGGCUUAAGCCCCUGGCAGAGACAGUACGCCCAGAUCAAUGUCUCCACAAGCUUGGCAGCUCCCUCUCUUAUCAGCAACAUUCACGCCGACAAAAUCGACCAGAAGAGCAUCACCCUAGCAUGGCGAGAGCCUAGCAACCCAGGCAACAACAAAACAGAAUAUGAAAUCAAAUAUUACCAAAAGGACCAGAAGGAUCAAAGCUACUCGACAGUUAAAACAGCUUCCACACCAGUGACAGUGCAUAACCUCAAGCCAGGGACUGCCUACGUGUUCCAGAUCCGAAGCCUCUCUUCCACCAACCACGGAACCUACAGCCCUCCCUUUGAGGUGGAAACACUAGGAGAAUUGGCUUUGGCGUCCAGUGAACAGAACCCUGUCAUCGUCAUUGUGGUGGUGUCUGUGGCCGCGUUCAUCAUGCUGCUUUCCAUGGGAGUUGGCUUCAUGAUUUGGAGAAGACAAUGCGAGUACAGUAAAGCAAACCAAGAUGGGGAUGAAGAGUUAUAUUUCCAGUUUAAGAUUCCAACCAGAAGAACAUACAUUGAUCCUGAUACCUGUGAAGAUCUUAUCCAAACUGUCCACCUGUUUGCCAAGGAACUGGACAAUUCCAAUAUUAAAAUAGAGAGAAUCAUCAGCACAGGUGAGUUUGGAGAGGUCUGCAGAGGGUGUCUGAAGCUGCCCAGCAAGAGAGAGCUUCCGGUGGCCAUCAAAACGUUACGGGCCAGCUGCUCUGAGAAACAGAAGCGGGUCUUCCUGACCGAAGCCAGCAUCAUGGGGCAGUUCGACCACCCCAAUAUCCUCCGCCUGGAGGGGGUGAUCACUCGAGGGAGCACAAUGAUGAUUGUUGUUGAAUGCAUGGCAAAUGGGGUCCUGGACUCUUUUCUACGGAAACAUGAAGGCCAGUUUACUGUAAUUCAGUUGAUUGGGAUGCUGUGUGGAAUAGCAUCUGGAAUGAAAUAUCUCACCGAGAUGGGCUAUAUACACAAAAGCCUUGCAGCCCAUACAGUCUUAGUCAACAGCAACCUGGUGUGCAAAGUUUCAGGAUUCAGACCAUCACGAGAGGAUAAAAUAGAGGCAGUUUACACAACUAUGGGUGGUAAGAGUGCCGUGCUAUGGACAGCUCCGGAGGCCAUCCAGUAUCACAGGUUCAGUUCAGCUUCGGAUGUGUGGAGUUUCGGCAUAGCGAUGUGGGAAGUGAUGUCCUAUGGUGAGAGGCCGUACUGGGAUAUGUCCAACCAGGAUGUAAUCAAGGCAAUUGAAAAUGGUUUCCGUUUGCCACCUCCUAUGAACUGCCUCACACCACUUCAUCAGUUAAUGCUGGACUGCUGGCAGAAAGAUCAAAAUGAAAGACCGAAAUUUGCACAGAUCCACAGUAUCCUAAACAAAAUGGUUCGAAACCCAGAAAGUAUAAAAACAUCCACAGUUCCUCGCACAAGUUCCAGACCUCAGAGCACAUCCAUUCCUCUUAUUGAACGGACCUUCACGUCAUUCCCCUGUUUUAACUCGGUCGGAGAGUGGCUAGAGGCGAUUUCCAUGGGCAGAUACAAAGACAACUUCACAGCAGCUGGGUACUGCUAUCUGGAGUCGGUAGCACGGAUGACAGUCCAGUAA